AAAAUUUAAUACUCCUCGAUAAGAAAAAAAAUCAGCACACACAACACGCCACCCCACCACCUCUUGUGUAUAAACCGCGCAAAAACUUGAAGAAAAGCAGUCCAAAAGCCAUGGAUCGAUCGUCCCGCGUCACUGAGGAAACCGACGGAGACGACGAAGGGAGGAUUAUGGAGGCGGCGAUAGAAGGUGAAAACGGUGGAGGCGCUGAUGAGUCGGUGGAGAAGAUUUUUGAGAGCAAAGAGGUGCCGCCGUGGCAGAAGCAGCUGACUGUGAGGGCCUUAUUCGUGAGCUUUGUGUUGAGCAUUUUGUUCACAUUCAUUGUGAUGAAGUUGAAUCUGACGUCUGGGAUCAUCCCGUCCCUCAAUGUCUCUGCUGGCCUGCUGGGUUUCUUCUUCGUCAAGACAUGGACCAAGUUUCUCCAGAAAUCUGGAUUUCUCAAGCAGCCCUUUACUAGGCAGGAGAAUACUGUUAUCCAGACAUGUGUCGUCGCCAGCUCCGGCAUCGCCUUCAGCGGAGGCUUUGGAAGUUACCUUUUCGGUAUGAGCCAAGUUGUGGCGAAGCAAUCUACUGAAGCUAAUGACCCUCAGAAUAUUAAGGAUCCUGCAUUGUCAUGGAUGAUUGGUUUCCUCUUCGUCGUCAGCUUUUUGGGACUCUUCUCUGUUGUUCCCCUCCGGAAGAUAAUGAUCAUCGAUUUUAAACUGAUUUAUCCAAGUGGCACUGCAACUGCUCAUUUGAUCAAUAGCUUUCACACUCCUCAGGGAGCCGAGCUGGCUACGAAACAAGUUAGAACCUUGGGGAAGUUCUUCUCUUUCAGCUUCUUGUGGGGUUUCUUCCAAUGGUUUUUCACUGCCACCGAUGCUUGUGGAUUCGGGAAUUUUCCUACAUUUGGCCUUAAAGCCUAUGAGUACAAGUUCUACUUUGAUUUCUCUGCAACAUAUGUUGGCGUAGGCAUGAUAUGUCCCUAUCUCAUCAACGUAUCACUGCUACUAGGCGCAGUCCUAUCAUGGGGCAUAAUGUGGCCACUGAUAGAGAAGAGGGAGGGCGACUGGUACUCUGCUCAACUUCCAUCCAGCAGCCUUAAAGGCUUGCUAGGUUACAAGAUCUUCAUAUCUAUAGCCAUGAUUCUUGGCGAUGGCCUCUACAACUUCUGUAAGGUCCUCGGCCGCACCUUAUUUGGGUUGUCCCGCCAGCUCUGCGACAGAAACGCGGGCCCUAUCCUUGUAGGUGGUGGCAAGACGAAGUCCUCUCCUCCAACACUUGCUUUGUCCUACGAUGAUCAGCGUAGAACCCAACUUUUUCUCAAGGACCAAAUUCCUACUUGGGUUGCCGUUGCCGGCUACAUCACCAUUGCAGCAAUCUCCUCCGCUACUCUUCCUCACAUCUUUCACCCUCUAAAAUGGUACCACAUUGUGGUUAUAUACAUAUUCGCACCCGCACUGGCCUUCUGCAACGCCUAUGGAUGCGGUCUCACUGAUUGGUCAUUGGCUUCCACUUAUGGAAAGCUGGGAAUAUUUGUGAUUGGUGCGUGGGCUGGAGCUGCCCACGGAGGCGUUCUGGCAGGGCUGGCUGCGUGCGGGGUGAUGAUGAACAUCGUGUCGACUGCCUCAGACCUCUCGCAGGACUUCAAGACCGGGUACAUGACCCUUGCAUCUCCACGGUCCAUGUUCGUGAGCCAGAUGAUCGGUACUGCCAUGGGCUGCGUCGUCUCGCCCUGCGUGUUCUGGCUCUUCUACAAGGCCUUUCCCGAUCUGGGACUCCACACUUCGCCAUAUCCCGCACCUUAUGCUCUCAUGCUGCGGAACAUGGCGAUCUUGGGCGUUGAUGGAGUUUCGUCUCUGCCGAAACACUGUUUGACUCUGUGUUGUGUGUUUUUUGCUGCGGCGUUGGCUAUUAACGGGAUAAGAGAUGCGGCGGGGCCAAAUUGGGCGAGGUUCAUUCCUCUGCCUAUGGCGAUGGCGAUUCCGUUCUAUCUUGGGGGGUAUUUCGCCAUUGAUAUGUGUGUUGGGAGCUUGAUUCUGUUGUUGUGGGAGAGGAUGGACAAGGCGAAGGCUGAUGCAUUUGCGCCUGCAGUAGCUUCUGGAUUGAUCUGCGGGGAUGGGAUUUGGACGUUGCCCAGUUCUUUGCUAGCUUUGGGCGGCGUUAAGCCUCCUGUUUGCAUGAAGUUUCUUUCCAGAAAAGAUAAUGCAAGGGUUAAUGAUUUGCUAAAUUAUUAGGCCUCCUUUACUGUUCCAAACAUUCAACAAUAGUAUAGCUCAAUCUACUCUUAUUAAAAUGGAUUAGAAAUUCUGAGAUAUUCUAUUUUCUAAACUAUUUGAAUUUU